AACCAGAAACAGAGGACGACUUCCCCUGUUCCAAUUUGGGGUCAGGCUGGGAGACGGUCGCGGGCGGUCGGUGGUGGCGGAAGGCAAUGACAACGCCAAUGGCAUUGGCAGCCGGGUCACGUUGACCUCUCUCUCCUCUCUCUCUUCCUCCUCGCGCCCAUAAAUCGGGCGCGAACGAAGAGCGCGUCAUUUAUAGCGCGCAUCGCCGCAGCCAUCCCUCCUCUUCAAGCUUUGCCAGCCCCCUGUUUCCUGCCUUUUGUUUUAUCGCAUCAGCAGCUCCGGUUCACGGGUUUCCUUGUCUUGGGUGGGGAUAAGAUUGUGGCGUCAUUGCCGCCAUCAUCUCACCCGCCCGGCCUCGCGUCGCGGGCAGCAGCUUUGCCUCGCGCCUUCCUCCUUGUCCCGUCCCUUCAAUCACUUGCUAUUCACAAGGCAAGGUGAGUGGUUUCCUUUCCUGUCCUGUCGCUGCGGCUUGUCUUCUUGCCGUAUCCUCCUCCUCCUCCUCCUUUCUUGUGGCUCCGGAGCUAGCUUGGUGCGUGCGUGCUCACAUGUCGGGCCUUGCCUGCGAGUGCUCAGCAGCGAUGUCGUCAUCGUCCGACAAGGUGGCCGCCAGGAAGGGCCGGCUCAGGCAGCGCUACGACAACGAAUACCGUCUCGUCGCUGGGUGCGUGCCCUACCGGGUGAAGAAUGACGACGAGGGGAACACGUGCAGCAGCCUCGGCGACGACCCGGCGGAGGUGGAGGUGCUCAUGAUCUCGACGCCCAACCGGACCGACAUGGUCUUCCCCAAGGGCGGGUGGGAGGACGACGAGGACGUCUACCAGGCGGCGUCCCGCGAGGCCAUGGAGGAGGCCGGCGUCAAGGGCAUCAUCAACAGAGCUGCCUUGGGACACUGGGUAUUCAAGAGCAAGAGCAGCCAGAACAGCAACAGCCCCAGGGGAGCCUGCAAGGGCUACAUCUUCGUCAUGGAGGUCACCGAGGAGCUCGAGUCAUGGCCGGAGCAGGCCACCCACAGCCGGCGAUGGGUCUCGCCGGGCGAAGCCUACCAGCUCUGCCGGUACGACUGGAUGCGCGAGGCGCUCACCGCGCUGCUGGAGCGGCUAUCUGUGAUCGAACCGGUGGCGGCAGCGACAGCGCAGGAGCUGACCGACCAGGCCGGUAUGUACAUGAUGCUGCAGGCGACCUCGGACGGCGCGGUUGCGCUGUGCUGAUGGACGCUGCUGCUUCUGUGGAUAACUGAUUAAUGCAGCUAGUUAGCUGUCUCCCUCGUACUUUCAACUGCAAACAUGGCAACCAGAAGGGGAAAAAAUCAGAUUCUCUAAUAACUUGUUUAGAUCACCUUCUCUUUUCUGAGCAGUUAAUGAUGAGUCUUCAGUACCUGCAAGUGUUGUCAGUAACAACUGCACAUUGUCUCGUGUGGCCUGAGCGCCCUCAGUUUCAGGCGUUUACAUACACAAGUAGUAACUAGUAACAUGGUAUUGGUUGGCUUCAGAGAUUAGGGCGAAACAGCCCAUUUGCAUGAUCAAUCCAAUGCCUGCUCAUCACUGUGGUUUCCUGUGUAAUCUUUUCUUGUAUAAUAUGUGAAAAUGGCAUGGCGAUUUGUACA